GAAACAGUCCUGACACAAGAGAUGGCUUGACAUGUCAUUGCCCAGCUUCGGCGCCAAAGAUGCAGGCUGGCGAAGACCCCGACCGAGCAAAGGUCAUCGAAUGGGCCUUGGACCGACCGGCUUGCCAGCGCUGCCAAUCCAGGCCAUGUGCCGAAAUCACGCUAGUACGACCUUCCUGUGGUCCCACAACGGCAAGACCAAGUCUGGCUGGAUUCAGCUUUUGCCUGGCGGAAAGCUCUCGACCACCUGGUGCUUAGGGACUUGGGAGGUCUUGGCGAACAAUCCCGAUGUGGUCGACAUGUGCUUCGGCACUUCGAGGCAUUUGUGCCACUACAAGGAUGGCGGUUUCAUCGUGGAGCAGAAGUAUGCCCUCAGGACAGGCAAGGAGAGCUACAAGCCUGGAGUGCCCAAGUCUUGUGGCUUCAUCACCCACGGGGAUGAGCGUGGCCACCGCGGGGUGCCGGGAGAGCGAGGUUACAAGAACCUGGGCCAAGGCAAGCGGAAGGACUUGAGCGAUGACGAAGCAGAAGCGAGAUCCAUGAGCUUCUUGCAGAAGGACAUGGACUUCAACGCCUUCUUCGGCGCAUGGUCGGACUGGCAAUCUAAGCGGGCAAGGUGCAUGGCGGCGAUUCCCUGGGCCAAGCCCGAGCCAGCUGCAGAGGUUGCCGAGGUGCCGCCGCUUCCGGAACCUGCCUUCGAGGUGGAUUUGCGGCAGGCGGAGGAGGCGGCUGAUGAAGCCGAGAUGGCUGCGGAGGCAGCUCGCCUCGCCUCAGCUGAAGCGGCCGCCGCUCGCACCGCUGUCGAGGCUCAAUAGCGUCUGAGCCAUCGGGAUCUCUGCAAAUUCACGGCCAUGCUCGCAUAGCGACUCUGCUUGGUGCCGUGCGGGG